CCGCCAGCCCGCCCUUCCCUCCAGCCCGGCCCCGCCGCCCUCCCCCGGCCGCCUUAAAGCCGUGCCGGGGCCGUGACGGCGGUAGUAGCGCAGUGCGACCGGCGGCGGCUCCUUGGCGGUGCCGGGAGCGCGGGGGGGGCACGAUCCGUCGCAGCGCCGCGCCUGGAGCCCCUCCCUCCCUCCCUCCCUCCCUCCCUCCGUGCCGCUGCCGCGCUCCCGCCGCGCGGGCCGACGCUGUCACCGCCGGGCGCCACCAGCAUGUUUGACAGGACGCGGCUGCCCUUCGUGGCGCUGGACGUGCUCUGCGUGCUGCUGGCUGGCUUACCCCUUGGUGUUCUAAACUUGGCCAAAAUAAAACCGUAUCAGAGAGGCUUUUUCUGUAAUGAUGACAGCAUCAAGUAUCCGUUCCAUGACAGUACCAUCACAUCCACUGUCCUCUACACAGUGGGGUUCACCCUGCCCAUUUUCUCUAUAAUCCUAGGAGAGACACUCUCAGUUUUUUACAAUAAUUUGCACUCAAAUUCAUUUGUCAGAAAUAACUACAUAGCCACUAUUUACAAAGCCAUUGGAACCUUCAUUUUCGGAGCAGCAGCUAGCCAGUCGUUGACAGACAUUGCCAAGUACUCCAUAGGUAGACUGCGUCCUCACUUCCUUGCUGUCUGCAAACCCGACUGGACACGAAUCAACUGUAGUCUGGGUUACAUUGAGAACUUCACUUGUCAUGGGGAUAAAGCAACAAUCAACGAGGGAAGACUGUCAUUUUACUCUGGCCAUUCUUCGUUCUCCAUGUACUGCAUGCUCUUUGUAGCACUUUACCUUCAGGCCAGAAUGAAAGGGGACUGGGCAAGACUUGUACGUCCUACUAUACAAUUUGGUCUCAUUGCUGCAUCUAUCUACGUGGGUCUCUCACGUGUUUCUGACUACAAGCAUCACUGGAGUGAUGUUUUAACAGGACUCAUCCAGGGAGCAGUGGUAGCUGUGCUCAUUGUUGUGUAUGUGUCUGACUUCUUCAAAGUGAGAGGAUGUACAUUUCAACCAAAAGAAGACUCCCAUACAACCCUACAUGAGACCCCAACAAAUGGAAAUCAUUUUGGCAGCAAUCAUCAACCAUGAAGAAUGACCCACAUCACCUGUCUUGCUCUGAAAGAAAACAACUUCACAAGUUUAACUAUGUAAUAUAAGUAAAUGCCUUUAAGGGACUGCUGCUGCUCUUGGAUGCUCACUUUACCUGUAUAUAGUAACAUCUGCCACAGUUAUUGUAUAUCUAAACUUAAAAUUUCUGUUGGUUAUAGCUCUCACUUAAAAAGAAAAAAGCUAUUCCAAUUGUAAAUUUUUAUUGAAAAACAGUAACAAGUUAUAUUACAUACACUGCUGUUUGUAUAUGCCUUGUUGAAACAACUAUGGUUUAAGUACACACCAUUAAAAGAAAUUACUUGACAUGGAA